CUACGCGUUCACCCACCUGCUUGCACCUACUUGCGUUUAUGCACGAGGGGCAUAGUUGGCAUAGUUUCGUUUUACUGGUUUUUGUUGGAAGACGUACUGUGUCCACCGUUUCCAAGCGGCAAGUUUAAUGCUGGAGGGGACGGGAACGUUCGUGGGACUUUUUUUACCGCCAGUCGUCCGCUUUGUCUGCUUGUGUGUUUGCAGAGAGCACACCCAACAUAUGCCGCGAGGUGUGGUACAGCCGUCCAUAAGCACUUUGGCAUGAGGACGAAACAUGGACCCUAAGAGUAAAGCCAAAGUACAUAUGCCGCAACAGAAAGGUCGUGGCACGGCGAAGCGAGGUCCCAUCCAAAACCAGCGAGACAGCAGGGGCCCCAGGCAGCCUCCCCCACAAGAUCCCUUCAGAUUACAUCACGAUCUGCUGAGCAAUCUGCUGGGCUGCGCUGACGAUCGUGACGGCAGGCACAACAUUGUAAGGCAGGGUCCCCUCUUAGGACCUUCACCAGAGCCGUACCAGCCACCAAAUUCGAGAACUAGCCACUCUACCCCGGGAAGGUACCUUGCCCAUGGCGAUGGCCGGCAUACUAACAACUACAGUGAACCGUAUCAUGCUGGUGUCACGUAUGCCUAUUCGUAUGCCACCAACAGCGAGUGCCCAGGGCAAGAUGGCUAUCGCAGGGGCUCCAUCCAGCACCAUCGCGGUGAUUACCGUGGGCAGUACAAGGGAGGUUCGGAUGUCACCUCACGUGCGGGAAGAGCCCCUUGGGGGGGCAACUUUGCAAGAAGAUGGUACAAAAAGCGAGGCCAGGGUGCUCAGAGUCAUCAGUCAGAAGGACAGAGUCUGAUUGAAUUUAAGCGACUGGUCACUCCUGGCGAACUAGAUGCUGCUUCAGAGAUGUCCGACAGUACCUCCGUGUGUACGGCAGACUGGCCAGCUGAAGAAGUUGAGGAAUACACAAGACCACACAAAGUGCUCCCUCAGGAACUUGAAGAGUUGGAAGAUGCCGUUGACGAAGCUUCGUCUCGUCCAGCACCCAGAGCAAGAGUUGGCUACAUAAGUGUAUUUUGGGACAUAGAAAAUUGCAGCGUGCCCAAAGAUGUUUCGGCAUAUGAGAUUGUGAAAAAGAUUCGUGACAGCUUUUAUAAAGGACAAAGGGAAGCAGACUUCAUUGUAGCUUGCGACAUUGUGAAGAUGAAGGCAAAUGUGACAGAGGAACUGAACAACGCCCACGUAACCGUGAUACAUGUCAGCAGCGAACGCAAGAAUUCUGCGGACGAGAAACUCAGGGUGAGGCUCCGACGGUUUGCAGAUCUUCACCAGCUUUCGGGUUCCACAAUCGUACUUAUAUCUGGAGAUGUGGAUUUUGCAGCAGAGUUGCAUGAAAUGCGCUACCACAACAUGAUUCAUGUUGUGCUGAUCCACAAUGAACAGGCCAAGAAGGAACUGGUUGAUGUUGCCAAUGAAAGUUACAAGUACGCUGACUUUGUUGGUGGUCUGAAACCGAAAGGAGUUAGCACUGCAGCUGUCAAAGAGAAAAGGCCCACUGCAAAAGCUUCACAACCAAGACCGACUGCAGGAGCUCCAGAGAUGUCUGACGGCGCAUCACCAGCACCAGAUGCAAACGAGAAAGCUACAGUAGUGCUGCAAGUGAAAAAUAACGUGGGAAACGCGGUAUUUUGGAAGAACUACCUGGCAGACGUCGUGCCACCAGAAUUUGUCCUCAAAGUGCAUCAGCCGGAAGUGCUUCACUUAUUCUACCGUAACAUGACAGUAGCCCGCAAAGCUCGCAAAGCCCUCGAAAAAAAAGCUAAGGAAGACCCUGGUGCACCUAUCUGCAUCGCAUUAGACGGUAACGAAGAACAGAGUCCUUCAACGACAACAAGUAUGGACAAGCUGGCGUGCUCCAAAAAGUUACAGAAAGCAAUGACUCUGCACAAGUUCCUAGUAGAUGCAUGCCUGCAGCAGAUCAAUAAUAUCAAGGGAAACAAGGCUAAAAAGGAAUUGAAGGUGAAACUUGACAAACAGUUGUCUUAUUACGAAGCUCAGCUGCAUGAGUUCCUUUCGGUGACAAAUACAGUGAUGCAUGAUAGCAAGGUGCAAGAUGCCUCAGAAAGAAUUGGUGCUGAGGUUCGACACCUGGAGUUGGCGCUUCCAAUAUAUGCCGUAAAAUCGAGCCUGCUCAAAAGCAUUAAAGAAGAAGACGUCACGGUUCUGUCACUUUUUCCUGGCUCUGGAAGUGGCAUCCAGCUGGCAAUGUACUUAGUAGACCUUGGGAAUCCAAAGACUCUUAUCAUAAAGCCAAACAAGCUGAGUGCACAGGGGAAUGCAACCUAUGCAAAAUCAGUUAUGGGUCUGAAGGAGGUAGAGGUGCGAACUGAGCCCACGGGCAGUAAUAGCUCCACAUCCUCUGUGGUGGUGACAACAGCUGACUGCUUUUUCUAUGAGUACCUCCAGUGUUCUGGAGGGCUUUCUGAAUUCCAGUUCAUAAUUGUUGAUGAUGUUCAGGAGAGCUGCCCAUACCAGAAUAUCAUCCUCUUGCUGUUAAAGCACAAGUUCCAAGGACAUGCAAAGAUAGUGCUGUGCAUAAGUGCAUUGUCUCAAUGCGGUAUUCUCGAAAAAAUUUUUGGGAAGGGAGCAUAUGCGCACCUAAGCUGUGGAGUUGACUUUCCAGUGAAUGUCAUCUGGAAACCAACUGGAAAAGAUGUUGUGGUGCAGUGUGUUCAGGAAGUUUUGAGUGUCAUAAGAAGUAACAAGAACCCUACAGAUAUUGUUGUCUUUCUUGCAUCAGCAGCAGAAGCAAGUCUUGCAGAUGCCCUACUGACGAGUGAAAUUGAGAAAUUACCGAAGCUAAAAGACCAGGUUGAACAUUGCUAUCUCUGGGAAGGGUGUUCCAUCUGGAAAGGACCACAGGCAUCCAAUACUUGGAGAGUAGUUUUCGCGUUGCAUGUUUCUGAUGUGAACAUUCUUCGCCCGAACUAUGUCAUCGACUGUGGUAUGUACGAACAGUUCAUCUGUAAAAACGGUGCAAAAAUGAAGCAGAAACUGGUCGUUUCUCCAGCACUAGCGAGCCAACGAAUGACUGUCGCUGGCAUGUUGCCAGAUGGGGUCUGCAUCAGGUUAUAUGCUCCAAAGGCAUUGGAGGCUCAACACCCACAGGCCAUGGAACCAUGUUUCACGGAGGACAUACUGUUGCGCCUCAUGCAUCGUAAAAUGGAUGUAAGCGAAUAUUUCCCGACAGUAUUUUCCAAGGAAUCUUACGACCACUCUCUGCAGUCUUUGAAAAUGCUUGGUGCCAUUCAAAAUGGUACGUUGACCACGGAGGGCUGUACACUAUGCCGCAUAGCUCUCGAACCCCGUUUGGCCAAACUUGCCCUUGAAGCUGCAAAGUGUAUGCCACUGGAAGAUGCCCUUGCUAUUGCUCUACUAGCCUUUGAGGAUAUUACUUGCGCAUUUUAUCCACUUGGGCCUGAAGGAGAGCGCCAGGAAAAAGCGUUUGAAAAUGUUUGCUCAUUCAGUGACAUUUUAACCACUUACCAUGACUGGUUGGAUGUUCCAAAGAAGGGGAAACCUCUAUGGUGCAAGUUGAAUGGCAUAAAUGAAUCGUUCUUGAAGUGCUUGCACAGAUCUAUCACGAAGCACAGUGAGCACUUUAAGAUGCUUGACUGCAACCGUGGCUCCAAAUCUUCGUCAAUUGGAGCAAAAUUGCUGACAUCAUUCCCUGAGGGGCUUUGUGCAAUCUCUGCACAGGGAUACGUGUCCCACAGCAUCGGCACCAAGCUCAAAGUUUCCCCAAACUCUGUGGUUUCACGCAACGUUGCUUCUCAACAUGUCGUAUGUUGCCUCUUCAGCAUCCCUGCAAAUGCCAAAAAGCCCCAGCUCCUCAACUUUGCCGCUGUUGACAUUGAAGCCGUGCCGUCUGCAAGUCACAAGUCGAGCUUACCUACGCAAGGACAGCACUUUGCGAGUGGUGCUUCCCUCGUACAGCCACUUACUUUUGGACCAAUUGGAAACCUUAUUUGGAACUACCAGUUUGCUGACAAGGGAUGUUUAUCAGCUGUGGAAGAUGGUUUGAGAGACUCAACUGGGUGUACAAAUGUCCAGAUCUCUCUAAAUGCUGAACGCCACUGUCUCGUCGUCCACAUUCCUGAAAGGUUUCACGGCCUUGCAGCAAGUUUUCUCCAGCGCCUAGUGAGCCGCGAAAUCCAGAACUUGUCAAAGAAAGACAUGGAGGCCUACAUUGACCCGUCUGGAAUUUUUUAUGGAAGCGGGGCACUCAGUGUUGUUUUGGAUGGCAAGGGAAAUGCAGUGGAUGUCAUUUCUCCCGGAAACUUUCGGACCCUCAAAGUAAUGGAUGUGAAAAUUCCCAUCAGUGGGUUCCGCAACUGGAUAAAUGAAUUUGGCCGCAUUGUGCAGUACAAGAUCCUGAAAAAUGAGCGAGCAUUCUUCAUCACUUACAAGACCACUGCUGAGGCAGAACGAGCAUAUGCUGCAAUGUGUGACAAGCCAAAUGAAAUGACUGCACACUGCAUUCCUGAAGAAGCUCUGCAGCACCGACGUGUGGCUGAACAGUGCAGACCGGCUUACAGGUUAUCUGUGAGGGCUGUGAGACGUCACUGUACUGGGACUGGGUUUGCAAUACUUGAAAAUGAAGCAUCUUUGGAUUCAAUUGCAUACUGUCUCCCCUAUGAGUGUAAGUACAGAGACGCCACGAUUGUCUGUCAAAGGAACAAGAAAGAGAAAACUCAGCUCUACAUAUCUGGCAUUCCUGUAGCAGCAGACAGGGACGAAAUAAAAGAACUUCUAAAUGCUGCAUUUCCAGUGAAGAUAGUUUCAGUCCGCCUUGUGCAUGAACUUCUCUUUGAGACUUGCGCCUCAGAGUAUAAUGCAGUGUGCCGCAACGUGCAUAAGGUUCUUGGUGGGAAGGCACUCCUGGAAUUGCGGCAACCAAAGCCGAAGGACUCUGAUUUUUGUGGGAUAGCUUUCAUUGAUGAUGUGCUACAGGGGCACACUAUCUUUGAAUUAGCAUGUGGCUUACUUCUCAAAACACCUCGUGCUGUACCGAGCGUCCCCUUGGAGCUACGUCCCGUGCUUUUGGGGAUCUUUACUCUGCCGCAGCGUUUCUUUCUGUUGAUCAAGGAUGAAUUUCAAGCAUCGCUUCGAGACAUCCAGAAGGGCUAUUACCCUCAAGACAACAUAAGUGUGGAAGUACACGCAGCAGCAGGUGGGCAACCUCUGGUGCGUGUUGAGCUACAGGCGAACAACGUCAAUGACUUUAGGAAGGCUGCACAUGUUGUCAACAAGGCCCUACGAUUUGUAGAGGUUCUGAAAGAUGUCCGUCCACAGGAAGUGUUGCGUUACACCUACAUUCUUGAUCUACAAGAGACUGUGUUUGUUGAUUGGAAAGCUUGCGGGGUGCGUCUGCUAGGGAAUCCGGUAAAGGUGGCAGAGGCACAAGUGAAGAUAGAAGAGUUUGCAGCUAAAGCGGCGAAAGGAAUUUCCAAGAGUCUGCCACUUCUAACAAAAGAAGCCACAGUGGUGAAGUCUUUUAUGACCGCGUAUGGUUUCACGCUGAGGAACUUUCUGGACAAGUGUGACCUGGAUAAGGCAACGGUAGACUUCAACCAUGGGAGACUUACUGCCUUUGGAUCUGCGGCAUCACUGAAAAAGGCUAUUGAAAACUUGGCACAUCUGGAAGUGCGCCGCAUGGCAGACGACAAGGAGGAGUUCUGCCCAGUGUGCAGAGAAGUUCCAGAGGAGAACUGUCAUCGUCUGGAGUCUUGUGGCCACAUUUAUUGUGUCCGUUGCCUGGCGUGGGUCGUGUGUAAUGCUCCUCUCCCAUUGUGCUGCAUUUCAGAGGAAUGCGGACAAGAAUGGGUAGCAAUGGACAUUCGAAGAGCGUGCCACAUGGAUGAAGUCGUCCCGACAAUCUUGGGCAGGAGGGCUUUGGAGGAGUGCGUUCUCGCAAACCCAUCAGAGUGGUACUGCUGCCCAGUACCUCAAUGCCACUACGUGUGCCACUACACACAGAUUAGUCCAGCAGGAAAAGAAGCACCUUGUCCCACGUGCGGCAAUGCAGUGUGCUUUCAGUGCAACUCUCUGUUUCACUAUGGCAUGAGCUGUGACAUGUUCCGUGCACUCAGCAGUUCGGAUACGUUUUCAGAUGAGCAAUGGGUUCAGCAAGACCCAACCAGCAGGCGACUCUGCCAUGGCUGCGAAGUUGCAUUGGAGCGAAGUGGAACGGAAAGAGUCAUCAGCUGUUGGCGUUGCAGGGAACUCAGUUGCUGGGGUUGCAGACGAAUCUUUCAAGAGGCAGCAAAAGCACGUGCUCACACAUCGUGUUAACAGGACAUGUUGGGGGGUCUUAGAGCUCAGAUUGGCUCUUUGUGAAUGCCCGUUUGCAACAUGUUUCUGCAAGCACUGUAUGUAGUAUUAUUCGUUGCAGUCAACGUUAAGGGCAUGACAUGCUUUGACUCUUUGAGUAGGCGGAGAUGCAUGAUUCGUUCUGCGUAUACUAUUGUCUAAUACUGUGAUGCACGUUACAUCACAGGUGCAGCUAGCUUGGAAUAUCACGUUUGGUUGGGUUUAGUGGGAGGAAAGGGUGGCGUAUGAUUGUGUUGCUACGAUAUGAAACGUCCGUGGACACAUCACCCAUUCAGACACAACUAUUUGUAUGCAUUUGUAUUUUACGAUGUGAAAACCCAAGUUGUCAUAAGAGUUUGGAGGUGCCAUUGCAAACGGAAUUAGUGAUGCCAUCUCCCAACAUGCAAUUUACACAGGGUGCUUCAGAAUUACCGGAAUACCCUUUUCUGUCUGUUGCUGUGACACACGGGAUGUGAAGCCCACUUAAAAGUGCCUUGAGUGAUUAAUGGUGUUACAUGACACACUUGGUCAAGUUCACUGUAUGCAUAAGUGAUCUUGCUACUUUUGCUGUGCCUUAGUCAGCUGUUGCUGCAUUGUAUCCAGAGUUAGAUUAUUUUCUAUAUGCUGGUUAAUAUUAACAAAAUUGCCUAUGAAUCAAUGAUGGACUGCUGGUCGGUACGGCAUUUUUUCGUGCAUGACAGCCCAAAAUUGUACAGGCAGCCGGUCCUCAAAAGAAGCUACAAAAACCUAAUGUGAGAUAGGUUAGUUGUAUGACACGCAUGAUGCGUUACAAACUGAGGUGGAACUUUCUAGAUGUUUAGUUUUUGUUUCAUUUCUAUAUGCUUUUCUUUGUGCACCAAGUGGUUGUGAUUUUGAGAUUUGUUCUAAUCCAAAAAAUAUUAAACUGCUGUUCAAACA